AUGUCCCUCGAAGACCUCAGCGACGAGCCUCCGAGCUCCAUUAACCCGUAUGAGACCCUCGGCCUCGAUCAGUCGGCAACCGCCGACCAAGUCAAGACCGCGUAUCGCAAGGCUGCGUUGAAGCACCAUCCAGACAAGGCCUCGGAAUCCAACAAAUCAGCGGCGCACACCAAGUUCCAAGAGAUCGCCUUUGCCUACGCCAUCCUCUCCGACCCCCGCAGACGGUCCCGGUACGAUAGCACCGGUCGCACAGAAGAGAGCCUCGACAUCGAGGAUGACGACUUCAACUGGACAGACUUCUUCCGCGCGCAGUUCGAGAACGUCGUCAGCGAGGAAGCCAUCGACAAAUUCAAGGCCGAAUACCAGGGCAGCGACGAGGAGCGCACGCAUCUCCUGGCUGCGUACACGGCCGGGAAGGGGAACAUGACGAAAGUCUACCAGCAAGUCAUGUUGUCCAAUCCCGCAGAUGACGACGAGCGGUUUCGCACGAUCAUUAACCAGGCGAUCAAGGACGGAGAGGUGGAGUCGUACAAGAAGUUCACUGAGGAGUCUGACGCGACCAUCAAGAGGCGGAUCAAAGCUUCCAAGCAGGAAGCCAACGAGGCGGAGACUUAUGGCGAGGAACUGAAGCAGAAGAAGAGAAAGGGUGGGAAGAAAGCGGCGGAUGGGGAGGCGUCACUGGCGGCGCUGAUACAGCAGCGGCAGAAGGGACGGGCCGCGAACUUCUUGGACGACUUAGAGGCGAAGUACGCCCCACAAGCAGUCAAGAAGGGCAGAAAGCGGGCGGCGCCGGACGACGAACCAUCAGAGGAGGCCUUCGAGAGGACGGCGGAGAGGGCGAAGAAGACCAGGGCCAAGAGAAGUGUAUGA